AUGGAUCAGCGAAGAUGUGUAGUAUCAAAGUCUGCUACGAACAAUGGUAGUGAAUCGGAGAUAAAAUCAUCAACAGAUGUUUUUACAUCAGUAAUAGAAAAAAUAAUGGGAUACAGUGUUAAGAAUAAAGUAAAUAUAGUACAAUUAUUUAACAAAGUGUCAGUGUGUGUCCUUGCCCUAUGGAUCCUAAAUUGCCCUAGCAAUCAAACUAAUUUUACAGAAAAAUGGGAUAAUAGCAGUAACAAUGGGGACAUAGGAAGGACGCCAAUUUUGAUGGCCAAUAAGAACAGAUCUUUAUCACAAGUGGAUGUACUAAGGAUGACAACGUAUGACUCUAAUUUUUGUAAACCAUGGGAUAAAGCAUGUAGUUACUCGGAAGUACCAAAAGUACGGGUAGAAAUACAGCCACCUAGUAUGCCUCCAAAAGGACCUAAUAAUAUGCCCUCACGUGGACCUCCUCUACCUGGUCCUCCCAAUGGACACCCCAAAAUACCUCCAAAUGGUUUGCAUCAAAAUGGUCCAGUGAAAAGACCCCUACAUGGUCCUCCCAACGGACACCCAAAAAUACCUCCAAAUGGUUUGAAUCAAAAUGGUCCAGUAAAAGGACCCCUACAUGGUCCUCCCAACGGACACCCAAAAAUACCUCCAAAUGGUUUGAAUCAAAAUGGUCCAGUGAAAGGACCCCUACAUGGUCCUCCCAAUGGGCGCCCACAAAUACCUCCAAAUGGUUUGCAUCAAAAUGGUUCACUGAAAGGACUUCCUCUACGUGGUCCCCCUAAUGGACGCCUACAAGUUCCUCCCAAUGCCGGUCCGCAAGGUCCAGCCAAGGUAUCCCCUCCUGGAGGUUCUCCCAAUGCCAGUCCGCAAAAUUCAAUUAAAAUAUCCCCUCCUCGAGGUCCCCCCAAUGCCGGUCCGCAAGGUCCAAUUAAGAUAUCUCCUCGAGGUCCUCCCCAAUCCGGUCCGCAAGGUCCAAUUAAAAUAUCUCCACCUCGAGGUCCUCCCAAAUCCGGUCCGCAAGGUCCAAUUAAAAUAUCUCCACCUCGAGGUCCUCCCAAAUCCGGUCCGCAAGGUCCAAUUAAAAUAUCUCCACCUCGAGGUCCUCCCAAUGCUGGUCCGCAAGGUCCAAUUAAUAUACCUCCUCCUCGAGGUCCUCCCAGUGCCAGUCCAAGUAAUCCUGAUAGUGAAGGUUGGAUGAGUCCACCAAGUGUAAAUAAAUCAAAAAUACAUUCAGAGGAAAACCUUCCACCAUUCCCUGCAAGAAAAUGUACUCCAAGACAACCUAUAAUGUUUGAACAUAAUAAAAAGUUUUUUCAACAAACUGAGGCUAAUAAAAAAUUAGAAUUUAUAAAUCCAAGUUAUCAAAACCUUAGAGAUAUGAAAAAUUAUCGUGAUAAUAAUAAAAUUGUAGUAAGAUCUCCGCCAAGUGAUAUAGGAAAAAAUGUUAACCCUGCUGAUAAUAUGAAACUUGUACGUCCUCCACCUCACCAAAUUAGGGUUAAAGAAGUUAAGGAAACAGAAAAUGAAUUCUUGACAGAAUUCAAAAAUACAUUAAUGAGCAACAUUUAUGAAGUUGAAAUGAACCGAGAUCCAGCAUUAGAAUUAAUAAAAGAGAACAUUAUAGAUAAUAUAAUUUUAGCAAAUCAAGGAGUAAAAAGAAAUAUUGACAUGAUAAGAGAAAAUAUCGCAAAUACUUUGAAAACACUUGAAAACGGUGAUUGGAAACCUCCCAUAGAAUCAAUUAAAGGAACAAUAUUAGAAAAAAUUGGAAAUUUCGAACCAGAAGAUAUAAAACCUAAAUGUGAAGAAAUAGGAGGUGCUAUUAUGGAAAAAAUAGCAACAAAUAUCGAAACUAACGUAAAACCAAAAUUGGACAAUAUAAAAUUAACUGUGUUGGACACAUUGGACGACAUUAAUAAUGAAGUUGUUCAGCCCAAAAUUAAUGAUAUAAAAGAUACCAUUAAUAGAAAUAUAGGAAACCUUGAAUAUGAAAUGAUACCAAAAAUUGGGAAAACUAUAAAAGAGUGCGUUACAGAUACAAUAGGAGACAUUUCAACUGGUAUUGGAAAAACGUCGGAAACAAUAAAAGACACAGUAAUGACUAAUGUGAAAUCAAUUUGUGAUAAUGUUCCUGUUGCUAAAAAUAUAAAAGAAAUGGCUAAUAAAGCAACCGCAGAUCCAGAACUAUCCAUGGAACAAAAUUUGAUAAAUUCAGUUACUAAAUCAGCAUUAGGAUUUAGCGUUUUCGGGGAUCUUAGAAAUCGUUUUAAAAAAUUAGGAAACACAACUAAAGCAAUUGGAGGUUUCAUUAUAUCGUUUUUAUUAGCAAUCGGAGGAAUCGUUGGUAUCGUUACUGUCAAUCCUUGGGCUGGUGGUGGUUUUUUCUUCGUAGCUCUGCUUUUUGCAUAUUAUGCCAUAAUGAAACAAUUAGGAAAGUCACUUUUCUCCAAGUUCAGCUUUAAAAAAAAUUCUUCUUCCAAAAAAAAGUCUAAGGAGAAUAAGGACGUGAAGCAGAAAGGUAAAAAAUAG